AUGCUUGGGUCCAUCCUGUCCCCGCGCUCGCCCUGCUGCUCAUCCGCGCCCUGCGUUCCCAUUCCCAUCCGUACGCCCUCUCGCACAGCGUGCGGAUGUCUCGGGCUCUGCGGAAACGGACCGAACGCCGUGCUGGAGCUGCACGGCCAGAAACCCGUCAAGCUGAGCCACAUCACGACGACUACGGGCCUCGCGCGCGUGCUCGAGCAGUUCUGCGACGUCCGGGUCGACGAACGAACCCUCAAGGCUUCCCAGCUCCGCUCCGCCGGCAACGCAGAGGCGCGUCGCGGCAACGCGAAGCGCGCAGUCAACUUCUACCGCGACGCCCUGGCUGCGGACCCCCCCCAGGGGCGUCAUCUGAUCCUGUCCAACCUCUCAGUGGUACUGCUCACUGUCAAGGACCUCGACUCCGCGCUCGAGGCGGCGAGAGAGGCGCAGGCGUGCGCGCCACCGGGGUGGCCGCGGGGGUACAUGCGGGAGGCGGACGUGCUGUGCGCGAUGGGGCGCAAGGACGAGGCGGCGGCGGCGCUUGAGGGCGCGCGGAGGGCGGACCGCGGCGCGCACCGGUCGCUCGAGUACCAGGCGAUCGCGCGGCAGCUCGGGCUGGACAAGCGGGCGCGGUGA